UUUUUACUUUUAAUUGCAUCACUUCCUCAAACACUGGACCAGAACGUAUACUAGAACUGUAAUCUAAAUACUAAAUCUAUUUCUUGUAGAGCUGUGUUGAUUUGCAGACGUGAAGAAAUAUUUACUGAAAUAGAAUGCCUUACAUUUACACUUAUCUUAGCUCCAGCUACUCUUGGUGCUUUCAGAUUUUGUGUCCUGUCAUUUAUUUACCAGCUGCCAUGCGCGGGAAACUGAAGGAAGAAGCAAUUUCGUACACCAACUUGGGCAGUGACAACCCUCUGUCUCAACUCAACACUGGCAAACAUUUUCUAUCAAGAGUAAAAAAAGAUUGGAAUGGGUUUAUCACAUCAAUUCCCACAACUGUAAUAAGAAGCUCAAUGGUGCCUGAAUUUGCUAAUUCUCUAUAUAGAUUUUCUCUGAGGUUUUUCAAAGUCAGUGUCUAGUGUGUGAACAGUCUGUAACAGUUAAAGGAAUUGAGCACAACAUAUAUGCCUUGUAAUUCACUUUUACUGGCCAAAAAAAAAAAGUUGAAUAAAAAAAUCAAAACAUUCUUGUAAACUUGUCUAAGUAAAUUUACUUGCAAAGUUAAACAAAAUUUGAGUAAAAAAUA